ACACCUCCCGGCUCCGGUGGGGGAGAGAGACGAGCCCACGCGCCUCGGGACAGGACCGACGGCAACUGACGAAGAAAGCACCGUCCGAGUGCAUGUCCCCCCAGAAAGAGACAACUGGACACAACGGGAGAAGAAACGUCUAAUACAUUUUUUUUUUAUAUAUAUACAAAGGGGUCGCGAACUAAAAGACCCGGAGCUCGCAUGCACUGACCGAAGCUGCCGCCGCCGCCGAAGGAGUCUGUCAAGUGCCGGGGGAACUUCGGGUCUCAUCACUCGGUCGCAGCGCGUCGGGCGGGCGCUUUGCAACUUUCCACCUUCCGGCGGGCAUCAUCGCGCGGGUUUAUCCGUUUUCAAACCCCGAGUGGAUUUGAGGAUUAAAAAAAAAAAAAAAUGUUACCGUGCCGCCGUCGACCUGCUCCGCUGGUAGCGGCUCCUCUGUAGACCCGACCGCACGUCGCCAAUUAAGGCGUGAAUUGGAUGAGACGUCGGCACCGGGACGACGGAGCAGCGCGUGCGGAGAGAGGCGAGGCGAAGCGAGGCGAGGCGAGGAGGUCUGCUGCCGGCGGCGGCGGCGGCGUGAAACGUUAGAGACGUUUUUUAGGGAGAGAGACAGAGACAGAGAGAAAGACAGAACAAACUCGCCGACUUCCGUGGAGCGAAUGCCCGGACUGUGCCCGUCGGGCACGGGGCUUCCUCUCCGGGACACAAGUGCGCCGUUGUAGCAUUCUUGCUAGCGAAUAGUUUAGCACCUUUUUUUUUUUUUAAACAUAAGUUUGGGGUUAGCACAGAGACAACAACAACAACAACAACAACAACAACAACAACAACAACAGAAGUCGUCCAGGCCGUUACAGCGGGACCAUGGCCUCCUCCUCGCGGGAGCGCUGCGCCCGGUUGCUCUGGAGACGGACCCUCCUCGCGCUGUGGCUGUGCGCGCUCGGGGCGCGCGGCGGAGCGGAGGACGGCGGCGGCGGCGGCGGCGCCUUCAACUCGGAGUCAUGGCUGAGGAUGUACGGCUACCUGCCCCAGGCCAGCAGGCAGAUGUCGACCAUGCGCUCAGCUCAGAUCCUGUCCAACGCCAUUGGCGAUAUGCAGCGGUUCUACGGCCUGGAGGUCACCGGACAGAUGGACCCUCAAACCAUCAGUGCCAUGAGGAGACCCCGCUGCGGUGUGCCUGACAAGUUUGGAGGCCAGAUCAAAACCAACGUGCGGCGGAAACGCUAUGCUCUCACUGGACAUAAAUGGAACAAGAACCACCUCACAUACAGUAUCCAGAACUACACUCCAAAGAUUGGCGAGUAUAACUCAUUUGAAGCCAUCCGGCGGGCCUUUAAAGUCUGGGAGAAGAUCACCCCGUUGACCUUCGACGAAAUCCCCUACCAGGAGAUAAAGUAUGGACGCCGCAAGGAGCCGGACAUCAUGAUCUUCUUCGCCUCUGGUUUUCACGGGGACAGCUCUCCCUUCGACGGCGAGGGUGGCUUCCUGGCUCACGCCUACUUCCCUGGACCCGGAAUGGGCGGGGACACACACUUUGAUUCUGAUGAGCCGUGGACCAUCGGGAACCAGAACAUACAAGGUAACGACCUCUUCCUGGUUGCGGUCCACGAGCUGGGUCACGCCCUGGGUUUAGAGCACUCCAACAACCCGCUGGCCAUCAUGGCUCCCUUCUACCAAUGGAUGGAGACCGACAACUUCCAGUUGCCUGAUGACGACCGGCGGGGGAUACAACAGAUCUAUGGUCAACCAGACAGUGGCCCUACCCAGGCCCUGCCCACGGUGACACCGCGUCGCCCAGAACCACGGCCACCCCAAACGCCACCUCGACAUCCCGACCGACCCAGGACCACUGAGAGACCAGAUCACUAUGGACCCAAUAUCUGUGAAGGGAACUUUGACACCGUUGCUAUGCUCCGGGGAGAGAUGUUUGUUUUCAAGGGACGCUGGUUCUGGCGAGUGCGCAGGAACAGGGUUCUGGAUAACUACCCCAUGCCCAUCGGUCACUUCUGGAGGGGUCUGCCCGGGGACAUCGACGCGGCCUACGAGAGACACGACGGCAGGUUCGUCUUCUUUAAAGGAAACAGAUUCUGGCUGUUCAGGGAGGCUAACCUGGAACAUGGCUAUCCGCUGGAGCUGAAUGAUUAUGGUCAAGACAUUCCCUACGACCGAAUAGACACGGCCAUCUGGUGGGAGCCCUCCGGCUACACUUACUUCUUUCAAGGAGACUGGUACUGGCGUUUCAACGAGCAGUCGCGCUCGGCCGACCGGGGCUACCCGAAACCGAUCAACGUCUGGGGAUCAUCGGUGCCCUCGGCCCCCAAGGGGGCCUUCCUCAGCGACGACGGAGCUUACACCUACUUCUACAAGGGCUCCAAGUACUGGAAGUUUGACAACCACCGCAUGAAGAGCGAGCCGGGCUACCCCAAGUCCAUCCUGAGAGACUUCAUGGGCUGCAGCGUGGACCUGGACCCAGACAGAGACACGGACACGGACACAGACACAGACACAGACUCGGGGCGCAAAUACCCCGACGUGAACCGCCCACCGUUCAACCCGGACGUGGGGGGAGACGGUGACCAGGGCAAAGGCCGGGACGGGGCGGAUCGGGGCGGGACAGACAACGACGUGGGCAAAGGAGCGGACGGGGACAAGGACGAGGACCGGCGCGAGGGUCGCGAGGAGGACACCAACGAGGUGGACGUAGUGCUGAAGGUGGACGACAGCGAGGAGCGGACCAUGAACAUCCUGAUGGUGACCAUCCCGCUGGUCCUGGUGCUGUGCAUCCUGGGACUGGUCUACGCCAUCAUCAACACGCUGCAGAGCAAAGGGGCGCCGCGGCUGCUGGUGCACUGCAAGCGCUCGCUGCAGGACUGGGUCUGACCCCCGGACACUGAGGGGACGCUGACCUUUGAACUUGAACCUGACCUUAGACACACGCGCCUCCUCUAAUCCAAACCUCUGCCUGAGUGAUUCAUCUGUCUGACGUCUCUGUGCUCGGUGGCUCCUGAAACUCUUCGUACAAUGUGGUAGUAGCUCCAUGCAAAUCCUGUACUGACACACAUAAACUAGACUCAAGCAUAAACUAUGUCUUACGCACACACACACACACACACACACACACUAACACACACCAUCCUAACCUCCUCUCGUCUGCCAUGGUGCUGUACAAUGCGUCGACUGCAGUCUAUUUAUAUGAGAGAAGUUUGCACAUAGUUUUUUUUGUUUUUCUUCUUGUCAUUUUGUUUUGCGUUCAUUUUGUGUGAUUAGAAUUGUUAUUAAUAUUUCGAAACCAGGAUGGGCCGCUCUAUUCUCUCGCCCUCCUCCUCCUCCACUCAAUCUCAGCGGGGGCUUUUUUUCCCCUCUCCGAUAACGUGACAUCUGCUUAUGCUAUCACGGUUGCCACAAAAGACAGACAGAGCAGACCGGCCACUACACACAUACACACACUUCCACGUGCAGGCGGGUUUAGUAGUUCUUCCUUCCUCCUUUCACCAUUGUCAUCUCCUUCGCCUCGCUCUGCCUCCUCCCCUCGACCCUGCAGUACAGUACGCCACGCCGUGCGAGCCACUGAGAGGCAUCUUGUGGCCUUGUUCUCAGAAGAAAGAGGAUUUGGCUGUGGUGGUUGCAGGUUUGAAGGGUUGGAUCUGGAGUUCUCCCUUGUUGUUAACACAGACACUGCUUUGUUUUAUGACAGUUUAUUACGAUUUGCGUCCUAAUUUUGCAGUUUUGGCCAUGGAUUUGAACGGUGAGUCCACAUUGCGACGGGAUCACACCAGCCACACUUGCACACUUGUCACAAUACCGAGGAUCAAACCAGACCUCUCUUCAAACUUUAAUUUUGACCUCAGUUACAAACCUGUAGUCUCAUGACAGCAUCGCGCACGGUUGUGACACUGUGGCAGCGACAAUAUCUGUCCACAGUCCAACCAACAUAUUAACACCUGACAAAGAUCUCAUGCCACGAUCACACACACUCUUGUUAAAUGCUGAAGUCUGCGACACAAAGCAUGUGCGGACUAAAAAGACUCCCAGGUGAGGGAGAGUAAAUGAGGACAGACGUUGAAAUGAUCACACAAACGUGUGUGUCGUAGACGGGAAUCCGUUUUUUUACACUUUGUGCAGUCACGUUAACGGGUUUAAUGCGAUAACAGACAGGAAUGACGGCUGAAACUGCAAAACUAAAAACUGCGACGCAUCAUAAUUGCCCUUUGAAGUCGGGGCUGCGCGGGCCUUGUUUUCCCUCCUUUAUCCUGUGCCCAAAACAGUUGGACAGUGCGUCUACCUUCUUUCCUUUCCUCGCUCGGAAAACCGUUUAAAGACCUCUUUGGCAGAAAAGGGUAAACAGCCGUAAAAAGGGGACCUCUUCCUUUAACUCUCAUUUAUAGGGGCUAAUUCGCAGAGAGCCUCUUGUCUGUCAACAAUCAGACCUUUUCAUUUGUUCUCCCGAGGAGAGUCGGCUCGCUGUGAAAUAACACGGGGAGACUGUGUGUGUGUGUGUGUGCGUGCGUGACAGAAAACAAGGUAGAGACAAAGCCACAGCUUGUAAUGUCAGAGCAGGAAGUCACACAGCAGUCACCAAUGCACCCAGGACUUUGCGACUGACUUUCUACCGCCCCCGUGCUUUCGGGAAAAAAAAAGAGGAAGAAACCUCUUCUCUGUCAUAAAGAUAGCGUAGCCGGCAGCGCUGGGGUGGGCUCGGGCCACGCCGGCUCACGUGACCACAGGCUAAUCCUCUUCAUUAAAAGGACAGCAGGUGUGUGCAAAUGCUGUUAACCCCCCGCGACCCCCAAACUAAACCUUGAGCUCUGAGAAUCAAAACACUCCCCCCGCUCCCGUUUCAUCUCCCGAGAGCAGAGAUAGGAUGAAGGGGGAGGGGUCGCACAGAAAAAAAUGUCCAUCUUAACCUCUUCUUUUUUUUUUUUCAUGUUUGACUACUUCACCACAAUAUCAUUGCCAGCCAUUUUCAAUGGCAUGCCCAUGCCCCAGGGUUUUUAUUUUAUUUUUGUGUGUAUUUUUUUGGACCAUUGGUGGCAGCCUGCGGUUUCCACUCAUUAAUAUAUGAGAUGGAACUCAAGGAUUUAAACACAGAAAAUGUCAUUUUGACAAAAAAAACUUAUUGACUUAAAAAAAAAAAACUUAAGACUUAUUGAAUUGAUGCAAACCAGGCCAUAGAAACAUUUCAAACAAAUGGCAAGCUUUGCGAAGUGGUCGGCGUGAAAUGGUCACUUUGUUUUUUAACAGCAAGUGCUGUUGUCCUUUAAAAAUGAAAAUCACUUUUCUUAAAAUAAGAAAAACAAUGCUCAUCGGGGAAAAAACAAGCUUAGAUGAUUCCACCCGAUCUCUCUGUGAAUAUGUUUUUUCCAGAAUUUCUUAACAGUCGAUCAGGUACUGUAGGAAUGAGCAGCCCUAUUACAAGAUUUAAAAAAAGAAUGUGGCUGCAAAAACAAAGUUCACUCAUCCUUGUUAGUUUUUUAUUAUUAAAGACUUUCUUUUUGAAAACCAGGCCCAAGUGAACGAGAGUGCAGGGAUGGAAGUCUCGGCAGUGUGACUUCAAACAGGAAUGGGAAGGAGGCUUAUCUGAGGUAGCAUGAACUAAGCUGCCACCCUGACCAGAGGGGGCUCAGCUCACGUUACACAGAUGUGAAUGGGGGGGGGGAUUUCCUGCAGCUGAGACAAGGGACGGGGGGGAAUGGAGGGGGGAGGAAGGCUGACCUCCUCCCCUAUCCCAGAGCUUGCAAAGUUGGAUCUCAGAAAUAAGGAGGGAUGAGAGGGGGGGUUGGAGAGGUGGGAUAGAUGGCUCUAUCCCACUGGCAACUGCCCAUGUGACCCACAUUCUCUCCCCUGCCUGCCUGCCUGCUCAACAACAGUGCCGGCCAGAGAGGGUAGUUCAGCUUACAGUGGGUGCCGGACCUUCUUUUUUUUUCUUCUUCUGAGAAAACGCUCACUCGCUGCAAGUGCUCUGCUCGAUGUUUUGUGUAAACCCUGUUCCAUUCUUGUUUAACCUUUUAGAAAACACCGUCCCGAGCGAUGGAAUGUCUUGGCCCCUGGUGGCAUUACAUAAGUAUGUUUUGGUUUGCGGUAGACAAAAUGGUCAUGAAAACAGGCUUGUUUAACGUAAGCUCAAAGUCCAGAUCUAUCUGAGCAAAGCCCCCCCCCCCCCAACAGCUCUUGGCACAAAAUUGAUUUCUUUCGGUCGUAAAAUUUUACCAUUCAAAGGAGAGCAGGUUUAUGACUAUAAUCAAAAAAGUUGAUGUAUAGUAAACUUUUUUUUGUCUUUCUUUCUACUUUUCCCCCGGGUACAUUAUUGUUAAGGCCUGUGUCCAAAAAUGGGCGGGGUCCUGGUCGCAGGCUGUAGCGUGCAUAUUGAUUCCAGUGGCAGCAGUUGGGCUUCAUCCGUCUGUGGGAGUGCAGCCCGCGUGUGUCGACAGGCCGGGCGGGACACUCGAGCCCCCUGCUCUCCGGCGAGGUGAGGACAGGCGGAUGUGUGGUGCCUCGGCAGACGAGGGUCACCGUCAACGGGACACUCGUGCUGGAGGGAAAGAUUACAACAAAAAAAAAAAAGGAAGUGCGUACGCAGCUUCCGCCAGAGGGUGUGCCGGAGAUUGAUCCGUGGCCAGUCGAUAGCCGUUGCCAGGAAACGGUGUCCCGUGUCCAUUGCUCACCUCAUCAUCGGAGUUGGGGCGGUGGGGGGUUGGUUGGCGGACACAGCUAAUCAGUGUUAAAAGCACGCUCCUCUGCCCCUCCCCUUCUACUGUCCUGCUCUUCCCACCGAUUCCCCACACAGAGACAUCAAUCAGUGCUCAAGACAGUCGAGCGUCUGGACAGGCUCAGAAAACGCAGACAACGUUCUGUAUGUGUCCGUCCUCCUUUUCUCUCCUCCGUGACCUCCGUACAGAGAGCCCAUGGGGGGGGGGGGGGGCGGCCACUUCAAAGCCAAAGCAACCUCUUCAAAGUUGGAAAAAAAUGUUCAAGUGCACCUGAUCUGGCUUCACUUUCAAAAAAAAAACACAGUUUCAGCAGUUUGAGAAGAUUCUCUGUACAGUAAGGUGACACUGACUGGGAUCGGAAUUUGUAGGACAGUGCAUCGUCUCUCUGGUUCUGAUUGAAGAGCGUGUGUGUGUGUGUGUUUAAAGUUAAUCGGCUCUAUAAUAAGCAAGGGCUGUUUUCGGACUGUAAAUUUUCCCACACUGUCUUGUUCCCCCGCCCCUCUGCGUACUCGGCCCGGCCCCUCUAAGCCCGAGGGGAUCAGAAUAACAACAAUGGCCUUCUCUCUCUCUCUCUCUUCAUUCUCUCCCCCCCCCCCCCAUUUUCUCUCCACACACACCAACACAUUAUUGUCUUCCCCAGCCUCACCUUCCUCCCGUCCCCCUCCCUCCCCUCCACCAGGAAAUUGUCCAGGCCGAGGUCCAGCCUUACGCAGCAGAGCCUGUUUUUUCAGAUCCGCCUCCUUGUUCAGCAACAUUUCUCUGCUUGACGCAGAGUUUGUGUAAGGGGAAGACGUCGCCGAGCCGCUCUGCGCUUUUCAUCUCCCUCAAGAUGUGUUUGUGUAAACCGCUGUGUGUUCAUCCUUUCUGAUUUAGGCCUAAUGAGCCCGGGCUUUUCUUUUUUUGUUAAAUUUCAUUUCCUUGUUUGUUUGCUUUUUGUUAUAUUUUAAUGAACAUCUCUGUCAAAAUUUGUCGCAGUCAGUCGGAAGGCAGGUAUUCUGUUAGCUCUUGUCUGUGUGCAUCUCCACUCUGUGUGUGUGUGUGUUUUGUGUUUCAGCUUCCUGCGAUCACAGUGUGUCGCUGCACUGCCUAAUAACCGCGGGAUUCAAACAGCUCAGUGCGUCAGCCACGUGCAAUGUCAUGUACUGGGGAAAGAAAGUGAUCAAUAAAAAAAGAAUCCGAAAAAGAAUCAGUCCAACUUGACACACAGUCAGACUCGGAGUUCCGUUCUUUCACUCGGGGUCAGCCUCGUGGCUUAUAAUGGCUUGACCCCCAAAGGAUUGUGGGUCGUCCACGCGCUUCUCCCUGUUCCCGUAGAGCGCGUCAGCUCGCUCAUUGAGCCUGACUCAUCUUCAGCCAUCCGCUCACCGGGGGACGGGACAGGAAGAAAUGGUCCGACGAGUGACUUUGGGAGCAUCUGCGUCGUCGCUUCGUCCCGGGACGAGGGCGGCGGACCGCGUCAAGUUGUUGCCCUCUCAAAGGAAAACUGUUUUUUUCGACCACUAACUGCAGCUUCGGUAGACGGUAGAUUUUAUUGGAGCCAGUAGAUUCUGCACUGACCAACCAUCGAUACUUGGCAUCUCGCUCUAGGCCCCAUUGAACUUGUCUCAUUACUACUGCCUUUAGUGACUUUCUGAAAAGAAAACUGCACCAUCAUCCCCGAUGGGGUCGAGUCGGUGAAAAAAAGACAUCAAAAACACAUGAGGCUACUGUCCGUCCUUGAUCAUUUGUCUUAUUUUGAUUUGAUUUUGUGAUUUUUGUUUCUUUCCGAACUUGAUAUGACGUUUUUUUGUUUUUGUUUUUGUUAAUAACAUUCCACGUAGGGUUUUUUUAAUUUUAUUUUUGAUUGGUUGGUUGAUAGUGGGUGUUGUUGUUUCUUUUCUGUAGAAAAUGUACAAUUUUAUACAUAUGUGUUGUUGUGUGUUCACCUCUAGUUGAGUGUGUUAACAAGCCAUGCUGGACAUGUACACAUUAAAAAUUGCUCUGAAAAUAUUCAA